AUGAUAUUUAAAUUUUUUUUACUAUUAUUUUUUGGUACAGGAAAUAAUUGCACCAAAACAAUUAGUGAAAAUACAUGCGAAGAUGGGUUUUACCAAAGAAUAACAAUUAAUAAAGAUGAAACCUUUACAUUUUUAUUCGAUUAUAAAGCAUUAGGAAACUAUUACAAUGCUUCUAUAGUCCUUAGCAAUAAUCAAAAUUAUUAUAGUGAUGAUUUAGGUUUGGUUAAAUUUGGUUUCAUCAGAAAAAAUCAUAAUGAUCCACUUUAUUAUUUUAUUUCAAGAAGUUCAUAUAUUUUCCAAGGUUUAAAUAAAGUUACAUUACCAAGUGAUUUUAAAGAAUACCUUUCAAUUCCAGCUAUCGAAAUUACUUGUGAUAAUCCAAUAGAUUAUUGUGAUUUAGACAUUUUUGGUAGAAUCUGUUCAAAUUAA